CUGCUCCGGAAACAUGGCGAAUCCUUCGAUCGCAGAAGCACGAGAAGAACCUCAACCAGCCGUGACAUUCCUCCCGGAGGUCUAUGUGAAGGCCAACGACCUUCAGCGAAAGACGAACAUCAGGACGCUCGAACGUUUGGGAAUCAACUUCAAAAGUAGACCCAGCGCGGACCAGCAGUUUAUAGACAUAGGAUGUGGUACCGGCGACUUCACUCGCCAAGAACUCCUGCAACGCUGCCAGCCCUGUAGGAGGAUCGUGGCAACGGACAUCGGCGAAAGCAUGGUGACCUACGCGAAAGAGAACUUUGCCCAUCCGCAGAUCGAGUACCAGGUCCAUGAUAUCUCGAUUGACGUGUCCGGACUGGUCAAAAGGUACGGCCAGUUCAACCGCGUCUAUUCUUUCUACACUUUACAUUUUGCGAAGGACUACGUGACCGCCUUCAGAAACAUAUCCGACUUGAUGACUUCCGGAGGAGAGUGCCUGCUUCUGUUUGUGGCUCGUUGGACGGGCUACGAGGUGUGGAGGACAAUCGCCCAGAUGGACCGAUGGAAAGCGUAUGAAGAGAUCUCCGAGAAGUUUAUUCCUGACAGUCAUGACCUUGAGGACAACACUAGUCUCAUCUCUUACAUGCUGGACAUUCUCGAGACUGUGAACUUGAAGCCUCAUGCAUGUAGAAUUCUAACCAAUUCUUCUCUUGUUGAAGACCUGGAGGAUACCAUUCGAAUGAAUAUCGCUGUCCAUCCGUUUUUGCCACUACUUCCGGUCGAGUCAAGAGCAAGAUACAAAGAUGAUGUGGAGAAUGUCAUUCGCUCACACUGGAAGCAAAGCAACGACGGAGAUCCACAUUAUGACGCCGAUAUGUUUGUUAUCCACGCUGAAAAAUCUUGACUGAAGAAAAAAAAUUGGAUUUCGCCACCUCUAUGAGGAUAACAGCAAUAGCGGCGAACGUAUAACCCUAACAUGUAUUGUUCAUCAUGAUGCAUUGUUCGCAAGCGAGUUUAAUUUUUUUUUAAAGUUGUAGUUAUUCAAUUGCUUACACCACUUUUUUCAGCUAAAACUUGUAAUGAGCUGUCGCAUGUAACUAAUGACGCAACCAAAUGUAUCCAAAUGCCAAUUAGUGCAAAUAACCUCCUAAUAAAUAAAAAAAUAAAAAAGGCAUAUUUUUUUACCUU